UGCGUUACUGAAAAAGUGUUAUACAUUCUUCAGAAAACAUCGCGUUACUGAAAAAGUGUCAUGUAAGGGAACAUUGCGUUACUGAAAAUAAAGUGUUAUACAUUCUUCAGAAAACAUCGCGUUACUGAAAAAAGUGUCAUACAUUCUUCAGAAAACAUUGCGUUACUGAAAAAGUGUUAUACAUUCUUCAGAAAACAUCGCGUUACUGAAAAAAGUGUCAUACAUUCUUCAGAAAACAUCGCGUUACUGAAAAAGUGUCAUACAUUCUUCAGAAAACAUCGUGUUACUAAAAAAAGUGUUAUACAUUCUUCAGAAAACAUCGCGUUACUAAAAAAAGUGUGAUACAUGUACGUGAUUCAGGAAACUUUGCCAGACUGGACGAUGCACAUGUUAAUUUUACAUCUCGAAAUACCACAAUACACAAGACCGUCAUAGAUAAUAACCGUCGUAGGAAACGUCAUAACAGCAAGUGUCAGACAAUAUAUCGGAGGGCGUUCCUGUACUGAAAACAAACGUCAUACUGAUCAAGUGUCAAGCGAAUAGUAGAUGGCGUCUUUCUACUGAUCAAACGUCAAACGACGAAAAGUUAACAUCUUUCUACUGAACAAACGUCAAACGACGAAAAGUUAACAUCUUUCUACUGAACAAGUGUCAAGCGACGAAAAGUUGACGUCAUUGUACUGAUCAAGCGUCAGGCGACUUUAAACUGCUGAAACCCCAAAGAUGUACCUGGAGCUAAGAUAAACAUGAACCAAUGCUAGGUCCCUGAGGAUGCUAUCGUUGAGUUUGGAUGAAGUUUAACUUUAUUAUGAAAACACGUAACGUCACACCAGUCACUUGUCAAUUUCAGAAAUUGAAAUACUUUCAAGUGCAAAUAUGAGGAAUCUGUCUGACAUCGUUGAAUGAACACGUUACCGGAACAAACAAAAUCAGGAAUUAUAUAAUGGGAGACAACUCAACCAAUACCAGUGUCUACGAGCCCAGUGAUAGGCCUGACGUGUUUGAACCCGUCACACUGCUUUUCUUCCCCGCCCUCUUACUCUGUCUGAUCGGCAUCCCGGGGACCAUCAAAGUUAUCCAUUUCUACGGGAAACAGAGGAAGAAAGUUGAUGGGUCCACGCCCACCCUCCUGUUGGGUCUGGCUGUGUAUGACAUGUUGUCCUUAGUUACCAUCAUACCAUACAUAUGUCUGACAAUCAAUAUGAAGUUCACUGAUAUUGAAGGUACGAAGUUGUUCUUCUGUCAUUACUACGUACCCAACUAUCUGGCGCGCUUUCCAAAGUACUGCUCCAAUUUUCUACUCAUGGUCAUCGCUACUAGUCGACUUUAUAGUGUUAUACGGCCACAUACUUGGAAGAAAAUAUUCUCCAGGAAAGUGGGUUUAGUUUGCGUACUGGCGGUUACUUUCUUUGUCCCUCUGUCGCUUCUACCAUUGGCUGUCGAGUAUUCCUGUUCGGAUAUAGACAACGGCACGAUUGCUUAUCAUCAGUAUUCGGAUAUUGGUGAGAAACGUGGCCUAUACAGAACUAUUUAUAUCCUAAAUAUGAUAUUGUACUUCUCGUUUCCAUUAAUUACAGUCAUUAUAUGUAACGUUGCCUUAAUAGCGCACAUGCUACAUCGCAUGUACAAUCCGGUGGCUGCCCUACCUCUGACGUCAUCACAAGCACGUGAAUUAAAAAUGACAAAAGUGGUUGUGGUGCUCACGUGCAUAUUUGUGGUAUGUGUAUCCCCUCUGGGGAUUUUCUAUCCCCUCCGAGGGUUGGACAUUUCUCCGGUCCCGAUAUACGUGUACCGAGCCAUCAUGCCCGUUGCGACCCUUUUGGAGACUAUCAACUACUCGUCAAAUUCUCUUGUGUAUUAUAUCGCGAGUUCGCGAUUCCGGAACGAGGUUAAACAGGACGUCUGCUGUAACCGGAAGUCGACAGCCAAAGUUUCACCUGAAUUACCGCAGUUGACAAAUGUCAGGGGGAAGUAGAGUCUGUUACGGAAUCAACGACAACCACGCGGACGUUACCUAGAGUAAAAGACAGGCACAUCAAUAAUACAGUGAUAGGAUUUUCACGUGGGGCCGAGGAUGUGGUCAUUACUGGGGAUUAAAUGUCCUACUUCGAGAGUCGACGUCAGUGACUAGGGCAGAAGCGAACUCAGUUGGUUACAUGUAAUGCGCAUGUGUUGAGAAACAAGAAGUUAUUUUGCGCAUGUCUAGUCGACUUUGCUCAACUCACUUCGUUCGACUACAGCAACUAGACUUCGUUUGCGCAUGCCUCAUUAUUUGUAAGCACGACAGUGAUUGGUUGUUGUUAAUUCCCCAUAUGUAAUCACAUUUGACUGUUGUUUUUUCCUUUAAUAAACUCUGUAUCCAUUACGAUUAUACUUCAUCACCAAUGUGUUCGUUGAAUACGAAUAACGAUAUAAUAUAGUCUUUGUAGAUUGAGUGGUCUUCUGUCUAAAGUUUUAAAGAGAUGUCCACCUCUUUUGAAAGACUACUGUAGCUUUCCUCUAUCAAUGAUAGAAUGUCUCAUGCAUGAACGUUGUAGUGUUCACAUUUUAUGGGAGUGUAGCGUCUAUCUUAAUUAUAAAAAUCUACACCUCUCGUUGAAUCAACACAUAGAUGGUCUUUCGACCAUUUUUCCCCAUUGCGAUGAUAUCUAGAUAGUCCCAUGAUUUAAGGAUCACUCCACACAUAAAACACUGAACUUGGUCACUAAUUCCAUUGUUAAAAAACCGUCACAUGCAAGGUCAUAUGGAGUCUGUCGUAUAUGACGUGGCCAUUCUUUAAAAGUGUUCAAACGGCUGACAACUUGAUGCAUCGAGGGAUGUUUAGGAGUAAAAAUCUUUUGAACAAGUCUCCAGAUAUAGACACAGUCUACUUUUUUCUUUUUUUUUUCUUUU